AUGCAGCGGCGUCACAAUGUGGACGGGACUCUUGCUAAGCUGCAGACCAUUGUACGGGUGGCGCAGCGGCAGUCUUUACUGGACGCCCUCCCUCAGAACCAGGGGAUGGCGGCGCUUUUGGCACGGAUGCAAGCCCGCGAGGCGGCGGCCCAGGGCCGCGAGAGGGCCCAGCGCGAGUCGGAGCGCCUGCGGAAGGGCCUGCCACGCCCGCCCGUGCUGGCGCUCGAGGAGCUCGAGGCGGGGCGGCGCUUCCGAGCGGAGCUGGUCGGCCCCGAGGGCAGUCCCUUCGAGUCCUGCCGCUUCAACGUGGCCGUAGACAUCGGGGACGAGUACCCGUUCAAGCCGCCGGGCGUGCGCUUCCUCUCGCCGCGAAGGGUGUUCCAUCCGAACAUCGACCCUAGCAGCGGCGGCAUCUGCCUGGAUAUCCUCAACGAUGCCACGCUCUGGUCUCCCGCGAUCGGGCUCGAGAAGUUGCUGGUCGGAAUAGUGUCGCUG